AGCUAGCGAAGAUGGCGGCGGUUUCUAUGCAGGGCAGUAGCCCAAACCCAGCAAGAGAACUCACCCUUUCAACACAAUCUGGGGGGAACCAGGCGCUUGCAGAUCGGGUAAAAUCUGAAGAAGGGACAGGUGAGUUGUAUCAUAUCUGUGCGAUCGGAGCUAAGUUGUAACGCUAGGGUCAGAUAUUGGUUGUCAGAUCAGUCACAACAAGCUGAGAGUAGGCUAAUGCUAGCUAGGCUAUUCGUGAGUUAUAUUAGCUACCUAGCCAGCAUUGUAGCUAUCAUGCUAGCUAGCUAAUACAUCAUUAUGUUUCUCUAAGUGCAAUUUGUAUUUAAAUACAAUUUACUGUUACUGCCAACUAUAUUAAAUGCACAUUAAUUAGUUAAUCUGACAUUAGCUACCAAGCCACUUUGUUGUACUAGCUACGUUGUAGUCAAUCAAGUCCAAGCCAGUUGACCUAGUGAGCAACACAACCCCCGUUGAGAGUCAUGCAUGUAUCUGCAUCAUCCCCCCAAAAAGGAUUUAUUACAUAGCCUACUCUAACUUCGAUGCAACAUUUUUACAUUGUGCUGGAUCCUCUUGAGAGCACAAUGUGAAAACUCUCUUGGUUGCAUCAAAGCUAAGCCUACUCCAUUAAUUGCAAUGUGUUUAUAUUUUGUGUAGAACACAAUGUAAACAAAGUAUGUAGCUAGCUAGCUAUGUAAUUAUGAUGUUAUUAAAAGUAGCUUAUAUUGUUCUCAUGGAAUGUCAGUCAUUGAACACUGAAGUGCUAUAGUUCAAAUUGAAUGUAAUGCACCUUGCAAUCUCGCUCCAUUGUGUACCUUGUUUAUUCACAGAAGCCGAGAAGCAGAGUCGCGUGAACGCUCUGUUGGAGAGACUCCAUGCCAAACACAACGCCUCACGGCCUUGGCAGGAGACCAGCAAAGUGGUGCGCCAGGCCAUGGUGAGAAUGUGUGAAUGAGAUAAUAGAAAAAGAGGAAAGGAUGGAAUGUUAAAUAUAUAGAGUUAUAAAAGAGGGUCUGGUCGCACACCAUUGGUCCGGUCGCACACCUUAUAGCCUAUGGAAGAAUCAUACAGGUGGAAAAAGAGACACUGGCAUUAUUGCAUGCGCUACAAUGUGAUUAAUGGAUCUUAAACCAACGUUUCAGUCAAUAUAACUUAAUUGGGGUAAACCCAAAUAUACAUACAGUAAAAUCUUUACUCUCCUCUAAACCUUCCCCCUCUCGUUUCUUCUGUCACAGGAGAAACGUGGUCAGAUGAAUGCGGCUGGACACCAGCUCCUGCUCACCUGCCUGGAGACCCUGCAGAAAGCACUGAAAGGUGAGACCAUGAAAAAGAGAGAGACCCCAAAGAGAGACUUGUCUCUCUUUAUUGAUCACAAAGAACCUGUCCUAUUCAUUUAAAGGGUUCAACAGACACUUCUACAAUAAAAGUGGCCUUUUUUUUAUUGCUUCAAAUCAAAUUAUUUUCCUAAAAUAGUUUGACUUUCUCGUGGGAUGCCAAUAACAAUCGCUCCUGUGUCUUCAGUUUCUUGACAGUUGAAAGACAAUCUGCUGAGUUUUUUUAAAAAUGUGUCUCUCUCGGCUCUAGUGUCGUCCCUGCCCUCCAUGACAGGUCGCUUGGAGUCCAUCGCUCGACAGAACAUGUAAGCUCUUCCUUUCUUCUUGUCUCACUCGCUUACUUCCUUCCCUUAUAUCACAAGGUCACUCAUCCACUGAUUCCUUAUUCAUACCAUUGAUAGCAUAACCAUGUGUAUUUUAUUAAGUGUGUGUGUGUUUAUGUGGUGUAUAUCUGUUGUAUAGUACAUUCCUGGCUGUACAAUGGUAUUUCCAAACUUGGAACAAGAAAUUCAUUGCUUGAGGAGGACAUGGUUAGACACAUUGAGUCUGAUUUGCCUCCCUUUCUUUCUCUCUACCCCCACCAUCUUCGUCCUCUCCCACCAGGCUGGGGUCCCAUCUGAGUCCCUCGGGGACAGAGUGUUACAUCACCUCAGACAUGUUCUACGUGGAGGUGCAGCUGGACACGGCUGGUCAGCUGGUGGAUGUGAAGGUGGCCCACCACGGAGAGAACCCAGCGGUCAGUACUAUCCCCUACCUACAGCACUAAUACUCUGUAUGCUUAUUACGACUGUCCCUGACCCCAAAAAAUCUUGAUCGACCAAGAGUCGUCUGUUCUUUCAACCACAAUUUGAAACGUGUAUUUAUAUAGACCCAUCCUAUGUGUUUCAAUCAAAUCAACUAUACGCAUUUAGCUUGUCUGAUGCUUUAAGCGAACUGUUUGCUGAAAUAAUUAAGACACAAAAAUGAUUAGAGGGAGUCCGACCGCAAUUGAUUUGAUUGUGCCGCCUGGUUCAGACUUGCUGUGUUAAAGAAAAAAGACGCAUAGUGACUCUUACUAGCACCCGUUGUCUCUCUCUCCUCCCUGCUGCAGCAACCACCACAGAACAUCUGUGUGUAUAAUGCUGUCCAUGUUGCAGAAGCUGCAACAUAAUUACAGCCAUUUCUGACUGAAAAGUUCUGUUACUGAAAUCAUUCAUUUGUUUGGGAAAAUGAAUGCAUGUGACCAAUAGGGCCUGACCUAUAGUAUAUCAUAAUCACAUCAAUAAAUUGGUUAUAACAAACUCUGAACACCGUAACACGUGACAGCAAAAUGGAUGUGACAAAUAAACUCGAAACGGGGGAAUGUUUACUAUUUGCACACAAGGUAAAGGGGAAGUCAUUUGACUAGUUGUGGAAAAUAAUGGAGAUCAAGAAAUUUAAGGUAUGGAGCAGGUGCUGUGUGCAUAUUUGGCUUAUGUGUGCCUAACAGGUGCUGUUAUAUUACAAUAUAAUUUUUCUGACCGUUUGGAACAAUGUAAACAACACUAAAUACAUUAUAAGUGUACCAGAGAGUCUGUUGUAACGUUUUUUUUGUAAAACCUUUAUUACAGCAAAGACUAAAAACAGUCGCAUUCAUUCGUGAAUGUAAUUUCCAAAAUGGAACGGUUUAGGCCUAUUUAUUGAUUACGCUAAUUAUUAAAUCGUUGCUUUAUUUUAUUUUAAAGCUAAAAUGCUUGAUUGCAUUUCACAUCAUGAAUGACUCAUAUUCUGUGUGAUGACAUGAACUAAUAAAUGAUUGAUUGAUACAGUAGCCUAUAUAAGUAUUGAAAUAUAGGCCUAACUAAGUUACGGUAUUAAGCCUAAACAGAAUGCGCUCUUCGGCCUACAUAUCGAUGGUAGUUUACAAGGCUGCUAUACUAAGCCUACUAAUGAUAAUGACAUAUUAUUAUAGUGAUGAUCAUAAUAGUAAUAAUAACAAUAAGGAGAUCAAAUAAAAAGGAGGGUUAUUAUAAGUAGAAUUCUUCGGACAAUUGUAAACAACACUAAAUUACUUAUAAAUAAAUAAUACCAGAGAGGCUGGUCAAAAGAAGAAAAAAGUGUAAAGCCGUUAUUACAGCAUAGCAAAUAUUUAAAAAACAGCUGAAUUUAUGAAAUUUAUGGGUGAGGCUUGGUGCUCAUGGAAUCAGUAGGCUAUUAACCAAACACUCAAAACAGGCAACAGAAGCAGGAUCUGUCUUUUUUCUGUAGAUAUACAGUGCAUUCGGAAAGUAUUCAGACCCCUUGACUUUUUCCACAUUGUUACGUUACAGCCUUAUUCUAAAAUGGAUUAAACAUUAAAAAAAUUCUCCAUCAAUCUACACACAAUACCCCAUAAUGACAAAGCAAAAACAGGUUUCCCUCGAUCCUGACUAGUCUCCCUGAUGCUGAAAAACAUCCCCACAGCAUGAUGCUGCCACCACCAUGCUUCACCAUAGGGACGGUGCCAGGUUUCCUCCAGACGUGACGCUUGACAUUCAGGCCAAAGAGUUCAAUCUUGGUUUCAUCAGACCAGAGAAUCUUGUUUCUCACGGUCGGAGAGUCUUUAGGUGCCUUUUGGCAAACUCCAAGCGGGCUGUCGUGCCUUUUACUGAGGAUUGGCUUCCGUCUGGACACUCUACCAUAAAGGCCUGAUUGGUGGAGUGCUGCAGAGAUGGUUGUCCUUCUGGAAGGUUCUCCCAUCUCCACAGAGGAACUCUGGAGCUCUCUCUGGAGCUCUCUCUGGAGCCCUCCCUAACCAAGGCCCUUCUUCCCCGAUUGCUCAGUUUGUCCGGGCGGCUAGCUCUAGGAAGAGUCUUGGUGGUUCCAAACUUCUUUCAUUUAAGAAUGAUGGAGGCCACUGUGUUCUUGGGGACCUUCCAUGCUGCAGACAUUUUUUCAUAACCUUCCCCAGAUCUGUGCCUCGACACAAUCCUGUCUCGGAGCUCUACAGACAAUUCCUUCGACCUCAUGGUUUGGUUUUUGCUCUGACAUGCACUGUCAACUGUGGGACCUUAUAUAGACAGAGUGCCUUUCCAAAUCAUGUCCAAUCAAUUGAAUUGACCACAGGUGGGCUCCAGUCGAGUUGUAGAAACAUCUAAAGGAUGAUCAAUAGAAACAGGAUGCACCUGAGCUCAAUUUCAAAUCUCAUAGGAAAGGGUCUGAAUACUUAUUUCUGUUUUUAUUUGUAACAAAUUAGCAAAAAUGUCUAAACCUGUUUUCGCUUUGUCAUUAUGGGGUAUUGUGUGUAGAUUGAUGAGGGGGAAAAAAAUAAUUUAAUCAAUUUUACAAUAAGGCUGUUACGUAACAAAGUGGAAAAAGUCAAGGGGUCUGAAUACUUUCCGAAUGCACUGUAUCGCAUAAUUAUAUAUUUACAUAUAUUACAUGGUACACUACAAAUGCAUCAGUACAGGCCCUAUAGAGUGGUGAGGUGGAGGAGUCUAUUGUGUCCGGAAGCAACUUCUCCCUUCAUUUUCUGUAUUCAGGGUUCACUCAAACAUCGUUUUAAGCUUUGUUUUACUGUUGACAGUUACAGCUGAUUUCGGGAUUGUACAGUAUAUCAAUUCGCUCUCCUUAAAUAUAUAAUCUGAUUUAUUCGUUUAAGUCUCUGAUUUGUUUAAUCAAACUUUUCGCUUCCAGCUCCUGAUAUCAAGGCAUAAAACUACAAUCGGUCUCCUGAAUUAGUCUAGUGCGCAUGUGCGCCCACAUGCGAAUUAGGGCCGAGCUCGUUUUCCCUGGCUAAACUUGCUGGCUAGCUGAACUAUGCUAUUUUUCGUCCUCAUAAAUACUGCGGCAGUUAUACAAUCAUGUAACUAAGAAAUUAGCUGGAAAGAAACUUGAACAUUUAUUUAUUGUUUUGUUGAAUAGUCAUGACUGGUUCGAGAUAUCUGUCGUAAGACGACGGUGGCGAAGAAUAUCAUUGCUACUUAAUGCGGAUCCAAGUUCAGUUUUGAGAUCCACCGGCAUCAUUGGCGUAUGGUUAGCUGGACAUUUUUUGACUGUUCUUGGAACUGGGACCUCUCCCUGUUUGUCUCGAUGGGAUAUGUAAGGAUUUGGCCAACACAGACAGAUAUGUAAGGAUUUGGCCAACACAGACAGAUAUGUACACAGUCUUGUACUUUUACAUUUGAGUCAUUUAGCAGACGCUCUUAUCCAGAGCGACUUACAGGAGCAAUUAGGGUUAAGUGCCUUGCUCAAGGGCACAUCGACAGAUUUUUCACCUAGUCGGCUCGGGGAUUAGAACCAGCGACCUUUCGGUUACUGGCACAACGCUCUUAACCACUAAGCUACCUUUAAAAAAAUAAUCUUAUUUGUUGAUUAAAGCAGACUUUAUUCAUAUAAUGAGUAAUCCAGGAAUGUCACAAGUUAGUUGACACAAGAAAACUUGAGAAAAUAUAAUCUGUGCAGAGCGCAAUGACUACAAAGAAUGGCUAAAUUACUUCCGGACAAAAAAGGGUUUGCCCGCAGAGCUCCCCCUCUAUAGUCACAGAAUUCAACAAUAUCCAGAAAUGUAUUGAACUGAUAGUUUUGCUUCAGAAGUCAUACGCAGAUACGUUUUGCAUAAGAAGCUUCAGAUCUGACGCAAUGGCAUGGUAAUGCAUGUGUGCGACAUGCUUUACCUAUAAAAUAAGUGAUUUACGGCAAAUAUUUUAUCAAAGUAUUUCUUUUUAUAUUCUUUCUUUUUUUAUUCUUUACAGAGCUGUCCGGAGCUGAUUCAACACCUGAGGUGAGAUGCUUUUUAGAUAAAAAUAAAAUAAAUAGGAACAUAAAUAUUAUGUAAUUAUUAUUAUUAUAUCAAAAAUAUUUAAAGGAUGUAAAAUACUUGUGUCAAUAAAGUGCUUUUCAUUCAUGGGGGUCAAUGCUUCGAUAAUUCAGUUUGACAUUUUUGCGUUAAUUUUUUUUUCUCUCAUUUCAUUCUCAUGAUGACAUAUUGGUUGGAAUUUUUUUCCAACCUCUCUACAGGGAUAAGAACUUUGAAGAAUUCUCCAAACAUCUUAAGGGCCUAGUCAACCUGUACAAGCUUCCUGGAGACAAGUGAGUUCCUAUUAGAGCACUAUAAGUGGUUGUGGAAUGGAAUUACAUAAAAUGCUGUUAUACUUAAUUUCUGUCUUUAUUGCGGUUCCCACCAGUAAGCUGAAAACAAAGAUGUACCUGGCACUUCAAUCCCUCGAGCUGGAUCUUACCAAGAUGAUGCACAUGUUCAGGUAUGUACGCAUUGCAGUUUGUCUAGGUGCAUCUCAAAACCUCCCUUUUCACAAUGCCCCUGAUGUGGCUGAUCUAAAGCAAAUGUCUCCCUCAGAAUAAAAAACAUGGCCCAGUUGAGCUUUUUGAGUUGUUUCCCCUUUGAGAAAGAUAUGCUCCUGUCAGAAUGAAUUCUCUCUAUUUUGUGUGUGUUGCAGGUUAGCCACCAACGCUAACACGGUGGAGACCAUCCUUCACGGGAGCGUUGGCCUGCUGACAGCCAGGAGCGGGGGCCAUCUUGUCUCCCUCCAGUGCUACGUGUCCCCGUACGAUGUGUUCGAGGAAAGGACAGGCUCGCAGCUCAACUUCACCGACACAAAUGGUGAGGGGACGAAGGAAGCUUGCCACAGUGCUGCGCAGAAUGCCAGUGCAUUGCUUUCCGCUCGUUGAGGCUAAUCCUAAAUAGAGAUGAACACAUAUUUUCUUGAUUCCGCCAUGGUUUAAUAAAUAAAAAAAUGUUGAAAUGAUAGCAAGCAAUACACCUGGUAACUUAUAAUCGUCUAAUUUGUUUGGCUGGAUUUGCUGACUUGGCUUAAGCUGUAGAGGGUUUUGGAACUAGACUAUAAAUUAAAUGAUCAAAUUAUCCUCCUUUGGCCAUGUUUCUCCGUCUGUGCAUGUCUUCACAUGGCCCUACCUUAACUCCUCUACAGUCCCUCGCUCUCUGGGUGUGAGUGUAUCUGUGACAGUGGAGGGGACCUCCUCGAUCUACAAGCUACCCAUCGCCCCCCUCAUCACGGGAUCUCACCCGGUGGACAACAAGGGGUGAGACAUCUCCCAAAUAUCAGACAUUCAAUUUAAGUUUCAGUUAUAGAGCAAAGAUAUAGGUGGGCAUUAAAUCGUUUUUUUUGGUGAAUAAAAUACAUCAGUUACUUUUAUUAAUGGUUAAUAAUAAAUGGGUAAUAAGUAGUUAUUUAGUUGUGGGAAAUAAAUGGAUAAUGCUGAGAUUGUGUGUCUCCUCUCUCUGUUGCAGAACCCCCUCCUUCUCCUCUGUGACCAACUCCAACUGUGUGGACCUGCCUGCGUGUUUCUUCCUCAAGAUGAACCGGCCCAUGCCCUUCUCCCUCUCCUUCAUCCAGAGGAUGGGCAAUGCUACAGGUGGGUGGUCUCAGACGUGUGUAUGUGUUUUGGUGUGUGUGGACUAGAGUUGGACAGUAUCCAUAUUUUCAAACCAUCAUAUUGUUUCUGUACCAUACCGGGUUAUAAGAUAUUACUGAAUGUGCACACAAGGGGUGUUAUAAAAAUAAAAUAAGCGCAAAACAAUUUAGGCAACAUGGAUCUUGAUUCAGGAGGGGAUUGAAUGUAUCUGCUGUAACCAAGAAGCCUGAUCUUGCCAUCUAGCCACUUAGCUAGCAAGUUAGCAAACCAAAUGCAUAGCCGGAGCCCUGAGCUGGAUAUACAGUGCCCUCAGAAAGUAUUCACACCCCUUGACUUAUUCCACAUUUUGUUGUGUUACAGCCUGAAUUCAAAAUGGAUUUAAAAAAAAAAUGUCUCACCCAUCUACACACAAUACCCCAUAAUGACAAAGUGAAAACAUGUUUUUAGACAUUUACAAAUAAGUAUUCACAUCUCUGAGUCCAUACUUGUUAGAAUCACCUUUGGCAGAGAUUACAGCUUUGAGUCUUUCUGGAUAAGUCUGUAAGAGCUUUGCACACCUGGAUUGUACAACAUUUACCCAUUUUUAUUAUUUUCAUAAUUCUUCAUGCUCUGUCAAAUUGGUUGUUGAUCAUUGCUAGACAACCAUUUUCAAUUCUUGCCAUAGAUUUUCAAGCAGAUUUAAGUCAAAACUGUUACUCGGGAACAUUCAGUCUUCUUGGUAAGCAACUCUAGUGUAGAUUUGACCUGGUGUUUUAGGUUAUUGUCCUGCUGAAAGGUGAAUUCAUAUCCCAGUGUCUGGUGGAAAGCAGACUGAACCAGGUUUUCAUCUAGGUUUUGGCUGUGUUUAGCUCCAUUCCGUUACUUUUUAUCCUGGAAAACACCCCACGAUUACCAGCAUACCCAUGACAUGAUGCAGCCACCACUAUGCUUGAAAAUAUGGAGAGAGGUACUCAGUAAUGUGUUGUAUUGGAUUUUCCCCAAACAUAACACUUGGACAAAAAAGUUAAUUGCUUUGGCACAUUCUUUGCAGUAUUACUUUAGUGCCCUGUUGCAAACUGGGUGCCUGUUUUGAAAUAUUUGUAUUCUGUACAGGCUUCCUUCUUUUCACUCUGUCAAUUAGGUUAGUAUUGUGGUCAAACUAGAAUGUUGUUGAUCCAUCCUCGAUUUUCUCAUAUCGCAGCCAUUAAACUCUGCAACUUUUUUAAAGUCACCAUUGGCCUCAUGGUGAAAUCUCUGUGCGGUUUCCUUCCUCUCCGGCUACUGAGUUAGGAAGGACGCCUGUAUCUUUGUAGUGACUGGGUGUAUUGAUACGCCAUCCAAAGUGUAAUUAAUAACUUGCUCAAAGGGAUAUUCAAUGUCAGUUUUGUUUGUUUCCUGGACCUUACAGAUAAUUGUAUGUGUAGGGUACAGAGAUGAGGUAGUCAUUACAAAAUCAUGUUAAACACUAUUAUUGCACAGAGUGAGUCCAUGCAACUUAUUAUGCGACUUGUUAAGCAAAUUUUGACUCCUGAACUUAUUGAGAUUUGCCUUAACAAAGGGUUUGAAUGCUUAUUGACUCAAGGCAUUUCAGCUUUAAAUGUUUUAUUAAUAAGUAAACGUUUAAAAAAAUAUAAUUCCACUUUGAUAUUAUGGGGUAUUGCGUGUAGUGAGAGAAAAAAAUCAACAUUUAAAAAAUUGUAUAUUCAUGCUGUAACACAACAAAAUGUGGAAGAAGUCAAGGGGUGUGUAGUUUCUGAAGGCACUGUAAUUUAUUUGACACAUCUUAGAUUUCUUAUAGUUAUAAGCAGUGGUGUAGCACGCACCCUCGCCCCAAAAUAUAUAAAUAAAUAGUAUUGAAACGGUAUUGGAAAUCAUACCGUCGGUAUUUCGAAAUACCCCUAUAAACGGUAUAUAGCCCAAGCCUAGUGUGGCUGUGUGGUAGGGUGUGUGUGUGUAUCUAUGGGUUUGUGUGUUUGCAUUGGUUACUUUAGUUUUUGUGUGUGUGGGUGUGUUAUCGCACACGUCUGUGUGUGUCGGUUAACCCUCUCUCCCUCCUACCAGGGAUUCCUGUGUUUGAGACACCCCCCACCCUGUCGCCCCUCUACGAGCUCAUCGUGCAGAGUCAACUCCAGGAGGAGGGGGGGAACCCCCCGACCACCCCCACACACGCCAUGCGCUUCUACGCUGUGAGUAGCCCCCCACAGUCCCCUCACUCCCCCUCUUUGACCUGCUUCCUAGGCCCUUGUGUAGAUCUGAAGGUAUUGGAAAGGUGUGUGUGUGUGUAUAAGCAAUAUGAUAAGAGCUCCACUUUCCCCUCUGAUAGGCUAGGUGAAAUAUGAAUUGUUGCUUACAUCUAUCCACUCUUCUCAGAUCUACACAAGUGCAAUGAAGGGGAAUAGAUUCAUUAAUUUGAAUCGUCAGGUAACAUCAAGCGCUCAGUCACAUUAGCACAAGAGUGCACAACUGCUUCUUGAGGGCUGCAGUGUGUGAUGCUGCUUUUCUCGUCAUCCUGAUCCUCAAUAUGACCUGUGAAUGUCAUUGAUUGGCCAGAAAGUGUCAAGUUUGACUCAGUCAAGUAAAAAAAGAAUACCCUAUAUGAACGGAGUUGUAAGCUACACAUACCUCUUCUAACAUCUCAAACAAGACAAGUGAAACAUAGCAGUACAGUUUAUUUGAAGUGGAAAAAACGGACUAUCAAUCUUUCUUUUAAUUUGGCACAACCACAAAGAGCUUACCAGUAUAUUGAAAAUCGGUCGUUUAAACACUGAAUCAGCUCUGUCUUUGAAAAUAAAUAAGGCUCUCCCAUAGUUAAAGGACUCGUCUUUGUAUUUGUCCUAUUAUUGCGUCUUUGAGAGCACAGGGAGUGCUAUAGAGCCCCACAGUGGAGGUGUCAUAAUACCCAUAAAACCUAGCGGUCAAACAGGUAAAUGGUUCCAAUCGUUAUUCCAACAUUCCUUUUUCCUAUAGGGGAUUUUAGAAACACUUAAAAUAAGUGCUCUGUCACCUUGUCAUAGAGAUUUACAUGGUUAUCAAAACGUCAUACCAGGGUAAGCCUACACUGAACACAGCCCUUAUUUUAAGUGUUUCUAAAAUCCCCUAUAGGAAAAGGGAAUGUUGGAAUAACGAUUGGAACCGUUUCCCUGUUUGACCACUAGGUUUUAUGGGUAUUAUGACUCAUACUGUGGUACUCUGUUGAGGCCAUCUCCAUUUAGAAGUAGUACAUUUUCUUCUUCUUUUGGGUUAAAGUUAAUAUUGGUGACUUACCGCCACCUGCAGUGCUAGAGAUCUGAACCAUAUCUCAUUCAUUUACUGUGGCCACUAGAUGGCGGUGAUAUAGCUUAAAGCCAUUAGCAAACCAUGCAACCAAAUUUUAUGAAGACAAUGCUCUGAUCAUUGGCUGAUCGCUCCCAACCCAUAGGAAUCCCCACCUAGUUGACUACUUUAAAAUAGUGGGAGCCCUCAGUGUCAGUGUCCAUGCCAAAACCGGUUAUAUCCGUCUAACUAUCUCUAUGGGCUUUCCGUCUUACCUCAGUUUUUUCCCUCUCCCUCUGCUCAGUCGUUGCCCGACCAGCAGCACUGCUACUUCCUGAAUGGCGACGCCCCGGUGCAGGACGGGCGCUCGCUGCAGGGGACGCUGGUGUCCAAGAUCCCCUUCCGCCACCCGGCCCAGGUUCCCGCCCUACUGGAUGUUAUCAGGCACCAGGCGGCCGCCAACACGCUGAUCGGCAGCUGCGUCAAGCGCACCUUCAUCAAGGACGGUGCGUAUUGUUAUUAGUAGUAGUAGUAGUAGUCAACUUCUGAUGAUAUCGCAGAGUGGUCACCAACCCUGGGGUGUUCAUUACGCACCAAAUGGAAGAAAACAAACGGAAACAGGGAGGGGCCUGGACUUGUCCAAUAGGAACUGCUAAUUUUCAUUUUUUCAACGUUUUUAAACUUUCCCUGUUGCGUGCCCUUUCUGUUGUGUGCCCUAAUGAACACCACUGGUCCUGGAGAACUGCAGUGUGCAGGGCUGUCUUCUAGCUCAAACAUCUCAACCAAAAUACAAAAUCAUAUUGUUACUCUAGUCAACAUAAUACAGUACAUGCCAGCGCAUUGUUUGAGCUGUCAUUACUGAUGCUGAUCAAAACAAAUGGAUGCAUUCAACCCACAAAAACAGAAAUAAUCAUUGACAUGAGAUAAUUGACAUGAGAUGUGAUCUUGUGCUAUUGAGUGAUGUAAUAUCCUGUUGUGUAAUCCCCCACCAGACACUCCAGGGCUGCUACAGUUUGAGGUGUGUCCUCUGACCGACUCCAGCUUCAGCGUCUCCUUCCAGCACCCUGUUAACGAGUCCCUAGUCUGUGGUAAGGACAUACACUGACAUUACCAUCAAAUUUAAUAGAACAUAAUUUAAUGUAUCCCUAUGGACAUAACUGAUGUGUUUCAGUCCACCAGUCCUCUAACCGGUCCUAUGACCUUCACAACAGAAUUGACUUUAGAACUACUCAGGCCCUGUUGGUGUGACAUUUUGACUCACUCUUGACUAUGGACGAAAAUGAGCUUUGACAUUAACUCCAGCUCUUUUACAUUGAUGUUGAACCUAAAACGUUGAUAAAAUGUGUACUGUCCUUGUCAAAUAAACUAUCUCUCUCUGUCUCUCUCCUCUCCCACCUCCUCCUCUCUCCCUCUUGCAGUGGUUAUGGAGGUGAUUGACUCCAGGCAGGUGUCCUGUAAGCUGUACAAAGGCCUAUCCGAUGCCUUGAUCUGCACUGACGAUUUUAUCACCAAAGUGGUCCAGAGGUGAGCGGCCAUUUUCUCUGUUUCAAGUGUCCUUCGCGCAAUCUGUUUAUGUUGUAGUAGAUGGUUCUCAGCCUUUCUUGUUGUUGCCCCAAAGCAACCAACCCAAAUGGGUUCAUUCAAUAUCACGCUUUAUUAAACAAAAUACAAUAAUUUUGAGGCCAUGUGACCUUCAAGGGAAAAUAAUGGAUGUUAAAAUAAGCAAACGUCAGAUAAAUGACAACUUAAUAUUAAUCUUUAUUUUGACUAUGAUGACAUUAAGUUUUAUUUUUAUUUUUUAUGUCCGCCCCAUCCCCAUUCUGAUUAUUUUCCUCAGGUGCAUGUCCAUCCCUGUGACCAUGCGGGCCAUCCGGCGGAAAGCGGAGACCAUCCAGGCGGACACGCCGGCCCUCUCCCUGAUUGCCGAGACGGUGGAGAUCAUGGUAAAGAAGAAUUUACCCCCUGCUGGAAGCCCUGGGUACGGCAUGGGCACGGGGGUCGACCCCACCAACCCCAUGGGGCUCCCGGGUGUCGGUGGAGGCAACACUCCCACCGGGAACAGCGGGGGUGGUAACUAUGCCGGCCCAAUCACAUCUCUGUUUGGGAUAAGUCGCAGCCAAAGCCAGGGUGGAGAGUGUACGCCCCAGGGUGGGGCGGCUGGACAGCAGCAGCAGGGGGGUCAAUCAGGGGACGACUUCAGCAAAGUGACCCAGAAUCCCAUUCUGACCAGCUUGCUGCAGAUCACGGGCGCUGUGGGCACUAGCCCCACCCCCCAGAACAGCUCUUCCGGGUCGCAACCCCACCAGACUCCGCCUCCCACCUCCUCCCCUGCCACCAACACCAAGAACCACCCCAUGUUAAUGAACCUGCUGAAAGACAACCCCGCCCAGGACUUUGCUGCCCUCUAUGGCUCGAGUCCCCUAGAGAGGCAGAACUCUUCCUCUGGGUCGCCACGCACUGAUGGCAUGGGUGGCACCUGCCCCGGAGGUGGCACCAAGGGCAAGAAGAAGCGCCCCAGAGGGAUGGAGAAGGGAGGAGUGCCUGGGGCAGGAGGAGGAGGGAUGGGAGGGAUGAACAAGCAGCAGUCGGGGUCCAUGCAGCCUCACCACCACCAGCACCAGCCCACCGAGGACGACUUCCACCGCGAGCUCUUCUCCAUGGACGUGGACGCCUCCCAGAAUCCCAUCUUCGACGUCAACCUGCCCGGCGAUGGCUUGGACACGCCCCACAGUAUCACUCCGGCGCCCAGUCAGUGCGGGACCCCGCCUUCCGGCGCCGGAGUGCCCUACCACUCGCAGUCACACGUCCAGUCCCAGCAACAGCAGCAACCACCUCCGGGAUCAUCCUUGCCUCGCAUCGUACGCCUAUCGAGCUCCGACAGCAUUGGCGCGGACAUAAACGAGAUCUUGUCGGACUUACCCGAGCAGACGGGUAAAGGCGGCAGCGGCUCGCAUGGGCAGCACCACCUGGGCAGCGGGGAGGACGGGGGCCCCCUGGGCACUCCGCACCGGGACUCAUCCAGCUCGGGCCAGGGCAGCGCCGUGUUCGAGGCAGACAUCUUCAGUGCCAACAGCAACGAAAACCCCUUCACGGACGCCGUCGACCUGAUCGCCGAGGCGACUGCCACCACCCCCACUAGUGACUCUUCGUCCACCAACUUCUUCCCCGACACGGUGGACUUCAACCCCGAGCUGCUGACCUCCAGCAACGGCUUCCCCCAGGCCUACUUUGAUGACAGCUCACCCAGCGCCGAUGGAGACCUGGACCUGGUCAAAGGCUUCGGCGGAAGCAGCCAGCAGAACACGCCAUCGGGCACCCCCCAGAACCCCACCCCGCACGGCCAGAGCACCCCCGACCCCUCCCUCAAGGACCCCUUCGACAUGUCAGGCAUGGUGUUCGGGGGCAGCAGCGGAGGGGGCAAGCCACUGCUGGGUCAGGCCCUGGAUCUGGGGGACUCGCACUCAUCCCACAUGGGGGGAGGCCAGAGCCCUCUCAUGAUGGCCAUGGGAGGGGGGAGCUGUGACUUCAAGAGCGGCGAGGCCAAAGCCAAACAGCAGCAGCAGGGACUUAUGAGGACGAAGGAUGACAAUGGGGGCGGGAGUGGGCGCAGCGCAGGGAUGGGGAUGACCGGCAGCAACUCCACUGAGGGGAAGCAGGUGAAGCGAAGCCGUACCCCUUCCAGCGAAGGCAAGUCCAAAGACAAGCCCCCCAAACGCAAAAAGCUUGAUCCCGACGGGAAGUCCCCAUCUCACAGCUCAGGGGGGCGACCCUACACCCCACCCAGCGGAGGCUCGGGAUCUGGAGGCAGCAUUGGCGGAGGAUCCAAGUCUCCCGGUAGCUCUGGGCGGUCGCAAACCCCACCAGGAGGUGCCACACCACCCAUCCCUAAGAUCACCAUUCAGAUUCCCAAAGGAACACUGUCUGGUGGGAAAACCUCAUCCCAUGGCGGGUACACCUCAAGCAGUUCAGCGGGUGGUGGCACGGGGGGUGCAGGCAGCACUAGCGGAAGCAAGAGCCAUCAUUCCCACUCCUCGUCUUCCUCAGGCAAGAUCAAGAGCAAGGAGGGCACUCUGGGCCAAGGCAUCAGCUCCAAGCCUGGGAGCGUGGGAGGGGGUGUUGGAGGUGGACCCCCCCAGAUGAAGAGUUCCUCUCAGGGAAUGGGCGUGGGAAAGCCAGGCUCUUCCCCCAUCACCAAACAUGGACUCUCCGGGACGGGAAGCAGUGGUGGCGGAGUUGGGAGUGGGAACAAGAUGAAGCCGCAGGGGGGUAAGCCUCCCGGGUCCCUCAUGAAUCCCAACAUCAAGCCCAACAUUUCCCCCUCGCACUCUCGCCCCAGUGGCUCCGACAAGCUCUCUUCCACCAUGAAGAUGCAGCAGUCGCAAGUCCCAGGAACUCCCCCGUCCUCCAAGGCCAAGUCCCCCAUGGGCUCAGGGGGCGGUGGCUUGAUAGGGUCCAAGUCGUCCUCCAGCGGGGGGAUGGGCUCUCAGAAGCAUCUGGGCGGUGGUGGUUCCUCUUCCGGCUCCUCGUCUUCCACCUCCUCCUCCAGCUCCUCUUCCUCUGGCUCCAUGCCCUUUUCCGGAGGCUCCCAGUCUCAGUAUGGCUCUAGUGGAGGAGGGGGAGGCGGAGGGGGUGGUUGUGGUGGCGGACAAGGGAACAACGCGAACAACCCCAACGCCAAAGGAAAGUCCCCCAGCCGCAACAAGAAGCCCUCGCUGACCGCCGUCAUAGACAAGCUGAAGAGCGUUGGCGGGGGAGGGGGUCCUGAAGACGAGGGAGAACCGCCUGUUGCUGGCAGCGGUGGGACCGGUGGAGGUGGACCAGGGGGCGGGCCACCAAACCUCGGCCCCUCCUCCAAGCACGGAAUGUCCUCUCAAGGCGGGGAGUACCCGAUCAAACGAGACAAGUCGGAGAAAGAGGGCAAGUCCAAAGUGUCCGUGUCGGUGGGCACCAGCGGGGACAAGAAGCUCAUAGAUCCCAAAACUGGAGGCGUGAGCAGCACGGGGGUGGCCAAGAUCAUUAUCAGCAAGCCGGACGGCGGCUCCCCCAGCAUCAAGGCCAAGGUGACCCUGCAGAAGCCCGGAGAGGGCUCGGGGGAAUCCAUGCGCCCCCAGCUUUCCGGUCUCAAAGCCUCACCCCUGUUCAGCGGCUCCACGCCCAAGCACGACCGCUCUUCCCCCAGCCAUAGCCGCUCGCCGGGCUACACGCCGCUCAACCACGACAGCGAGAGCGAGUCAGGCAGCAGCUCUGUGGCAGAGAAAUCCCACCAGAACAGCCCCAGCUCGGACGACGACCAGGCCAUGAGGCCCUUGCCCCCACAGGACUACAUGAGCUCCAUGCCGCUCAGCUCUGGGGAGAAGCACAAGAAGCACAAGAAGGAGAAGAAGAAGCAGAAGGAGAGGGAACGCGAGAGGGACAAAGAUAGAGAGAGAGACAAGAAGAAGUCAUCGUCCAUGUCAACUGGGACCGUCUCGCACGGCCCCAUGAAGGCUGACAGCUGGUCACGGUCACCCAUUUCGGCCUCGGAUACAUCUCUCUCUAUGAUGGGCUCGGACCGCCCUUCCCGCCCCAGUCCUGUCUACAUGCGGAAUGAGGACGAUGACCUCAUGGACUCGGCCCUCACUGGCAACCUAUAACCCUUUAAUAUCCAAAUCAAAUGUGUGUCCAUUUGAAAGGCCAGCCUGUAACUUUCAUUUCCAAUCAAAAGUGACGCCCCUGGGGGAUUAAAGAGACAGACCAAUAAUUUGAAGGUUGCUGGUUCAAAACCCGGGCCAGGCAAUGAAAAGUGGGAGAUUAGCUGUCAGAUUGCUGUACAGAUUCCAGGUGUACAAUCUUCUGCCAUUGCGCCCUUGUGCAUGCAAGGCCCUUUAUCCAUAAAUAGCACAAAUAUUGCUGGUGGCAGCACUUUUGACAUGAAAUGAGAAGUUUAAGAAUGUACCUUUUCAUAGGCUUGACUGCAACUCUUCCCUUGGUGUCCAUGCCAUAUUUGCAAAGACUGGCAGCGCUCUAUGCAGAAGGCCAUUAUCAAGCAGUUCUUUGAAACACGGUCUGAAGCUCUACCUGUGUACCUGUUUUAAUUUUUUAACGUACAUAUCAGUAUAUGUACAAGAAUGACAAUACAGCAGGAUUCAAAUUUGAAAUCCAAGUGGGUUCUUCAGCCAUAUUGUUACCUUGACUUGGUGAUGCCAAUUUCUACUGUGAUGUGGGUGGAGGGUGAGGCAUUAUGGAGUUAAAGGGAUAGUGCACCAUCACCUAAUUUGGGUGAACUAUCCCUUUA